AUGAAACUGAUCGAUAGUAGCGGACCAGCGGCCAACAAUGCUUUCACCACCAGCGUUGCCACGGCCUGCGCUCUUGCCCCGGAGAUGAAGUAUAUCUUGGGUAUAGACGUGGGCAGCACGGUGAUACGGUGCCAUGUGUACGACAAGGCGGCGGUCCUCAAAGGAUUUAGUAGCAAACAGAUAGAGGCUCUUUAUCCUCAGCCCGGUUGGGUUGAAUUAGACCCUGAAAGUCUGUGGACCCAGUUCAUUGAUGUGAUUAAAGAAGCAGUUCAAGUUGCAGGACUUAAAAUGAAUCAAAUCUCUGCUCUUGGACUUUCAACACAACGUGCAACUUUUAUUACAUGGAACAAAAAGACAGGGAAACCUUUUCAUAAUUUCAUAAGUUGGCAAGAUGUGAGAGCUGCUAACCUUGUUAAAUCCUGGAACAGAUCUUUUUUAAUGAAGGCAGUCCAUGGUAUUUCUUCUUUGCUGCACUUUUUCACUCGGAUUAAUAAACUUCUACUAGCCCGUUCUUUUAGUUUUACAACACAGCAUGUCUCUUUAAGACUGGUUUGGGUUUUACAGCAUUUAUCUGAGGUAGAAAAAGCUACUAAAGAUGACAAUUGCUGUUUUGGAACAGUUGACACAUGGUUACUUUAUAAACUCACUAAAGGUGCAGUGUAUGCUACAGAUUAUUCAAAUGCCAGUACCACUGCAUUUUUUGAUCCGUUUAAGCUGCAGUGGAGUGACCUUUUUAGCAAGCUACUUUCCAUUCCAAUAUCGCUUUUCCCUCCAAUAGAGGACACUAGCCACAUUUUUGGAUUAGUUGAUGCUGAAAUAUUUGGAGUACCUAUUGCAAUAGCAGCUUUGGCAGCAGACCAGCAGGCAGCCAUGUUCGGACAGUGCUGUUUUGAUACAGGUGACAUAAAACUCACCAUGGGAACUGGUACCUUUUGGGAUAUUAAUACUGGAAACAACAUUCAUGUAUCUAAGAAAGGCUUGUAUCCAUUGGUUGGUUGGAAAAUUGGGAAUGAGAUCACCUACUUAGCUGAAGGCAAUGCUUCUGAUACUGGAAAUGCUAUCAAAUGGAUUCAGAGCUUAGAACUUUUUGACAAUGUUGAAGAGACAUCACAAAUGGCACAUAGCCUAGUAAAUUCGGGAGGAGUUUGUUUUGUUCCAUCUUUUAGUGGUUUGCAGAUACCUGUGAAUGAUCCUUACGCAUGUACUUCUUUUAUGGGGAUCACACCUACUACUACCAAAAAACAUCUUGUUCGAGCUGUGUUGGAAUCCAUCGCUUUCAGGAACAAACAGCUGUACGAUACCAUUACAACAGAGUUGAGCAUUCCAGCUAUGUCCAUUCGAGCUGACGGAGGCGUCAGUAAAAAUAGUUUUGUGAUGCAGAUAACUUCGGAUUUAAUCAAGAAAUCAAUAAACAAGCCUGACAGUACAGACAUGUCUUGUCUUGGAGCAGCUUUUCUAGCAGGCCUUGCUAUUGGAUAUUGGACUGACAAAGAACAACUGAAGACGUUCAGGCAAACUGACAUGGUUUUUAAGCCACAAAGAGAACCAAAGGAGUAUGAACCUGCCAUGAGUAACUGGAUAAAAGCUGUCUAUCGUUCUCUCUCUUGGUAUAGCCAGGCAUCUCAGUAAUUAAUAGUAUUUACAUGUUGGACAAUAUACCUCACCACUUUAUUUCUGCUUUAGACUUAAUUGUACUAAGCAGUUAUUGUUCUUGGACAAUAUUCAAGCAAUACAAAAAGUCUCCUGGAAUAGUAGUGAACCCCAGGUAGUAGUCAAGAGACUAAAUGUCUCUUGUGAGUGUUGUGUUCUCAGCGACGAUAAUCUAUAAUAGGUUUGAUUUUAUUCAUGAGAUCAAUAUAUAUAUAUAUAUAGGGAAUGUUCAGAUACCACCCUAGGAGAUUUCAUAUGGAAAAUCUAGAUUAAGAUUGUAUCAAAAAAUUAUUUCCAGAUAGACAGGAGCAUACCACAUACUUCUGUUUUCUACUAUAAAUCAUCUCCUUUUGGUAGAAAUAUAUUUAUUGGUAUUAUCUCCUCCUACUCCAUCCCCAAAUGAAAGAGACAAAGAUGCAUCCAUAUAGAUAAAUUGGUUCUAAGAUUGGAGACUGGCUGUCUAGACUAGAGAGAAAAACUGUAAAAGCUUUUUGUUAAUUUUAAGAUGUCUUCUUUACGGUAAAAACUAGUAAGUUAAAAGUGAAACAUGAUAUAGAAAACAACUACUUGCCAAAUGAUGUUUCAAACAUUAGAAUACAAAGACCACUAAAUUAUUAUGUGAAUUGACUCACCCUUGCAAUGAUGGCAUUAAUUUAUUAUAAUUUUAAAAAUGGUAAAAUCUGAACUUUCCAAAUUGCUUAAUUGGAAAUUGGUCAGCUGUCUUCUAUCUAUGUGAAGAAUUUAGGAUUUGCUGAUAGGGUCAGCAUAGUCAAUAUUGUCCAGUAAACUUUGGAAGUCUUGAUAUUCUGAUCUAAGAGAUAGGGAAAAACCUUUUAAAAGUUAAGUUUUUAGAAUCUUAACUUUAAAUUUAAACAGAAAUGAAAGAAGCUUCUCUUUCACGUGUUUAUUCAAAUAUUUGAUGUUUAAAAAUAAAAAUAGAUGCUUUUUUUUUACUCAUUAUAAACCCAAAGCGGAUCUCAUUGUUACUUUUCCUGCACUAUACAUUUCAGUACCUGAUACUUCAGAACUUAAAAAUUUUAUAGCAAUCACUAUCUCUAUGCAGUAUGUAAAUAUUGAAAGUAGAAUAUUUGGGAAAUAAUACAUAUCAACAUACUGCUUUCUGUGGUAAUUUCCAGAUUGCUGUGGUUAGGCCACAGAUUGUUAUGAGCCAGAAUACAUGUUUGGUCUUAAUUUUGCACUAGUGCAUUGACAUUACAUGUGAAAAAGAUCACUAUCAUGUCUUUGGCCAAUCUAGAUUGGCUGAUUGUCCUAGUUGAAAAUAAUGUCAUAUGCACAGUCUAAAUUUUUAUCAGAUUUUAAGAAAAGUACAUGAAUUUGGUCACAUUAUUUUUAUAUUUGCAUGGAACCCAGUUAAAUUUCUGCAAAGUAAUUGUAAUUUUUAUUUCUUAGAAAUUACGCAGCACCUAAAUUUUGUCACUAGGAAAUUUCAAUUUUAAAUACUAUAUAAAGUAAUUUUCAAUGCAUUAUAAAUACCUGCUGGCUGAGAUUAAGUCCAGUGCUAUGUUCUAUACUUGCCUAAAAAGCCAUCUUACACUAAUUCAGAUCUAUAAUCAAUUCAGCUCAGUACUCACUGGUAGAAGUUCAGAAGAUUCCUAGUAUUAAGAAAUACUAGAAAAUAUAGAGAGUCUUCAACUUACGACCAUAAUUGGGACUAGCAUUUCAGUUGCUAAUAUGGUCGUUUAGUGAGUCAUCAUGUGAUCGGACCUAAUUUUAUUAAUAUUUUUACUGUAGUUAUUAAGCUGAUCAUGUCAUUAAGCAAAUCAUGCAGUCAUUCCCAAUUCACUCUGUUGUCGGAAGUUGCAGGAAGAUCAUAAAUCACAGUCGUCGUGUGACAGCAAGAUGCCACAACCAUGAUAAACAAGAGCCAGUUGCCAAGUGCCCGAAUUGCAAUCAUGUGACCACAAGGUGGCACAAGCAGUUGUAAUUUCAAAUGUGUGUUUUAACUCAUUUUUCUCCCAAGGCAGUCAUAACAUCCAACCAUCAUUAGACAAAAGGUUGUUAAAACAAGGAUUACCUGUACAUUUGUAAACUUUAUCUUGGUAUUCAAAAAAUACUCUGUAGUGAAGUGAAAUUAAUUUUUGUCUCAGAAAUUUCUAAGCCAUGUAUAUAUCACUGUAUAUAUCACUGGCUACCCAGUGACAUAUCUUUGGUCUGAAAGAGAGAUAGAAGCUUUGCAGCAAGGCAAUCCUUCAUCUACGACCUAUUUUGUGAUGGAUCAAUAUAUUCAUCAGAGAUAAAGCAGAAUUGAACAGAAGGAUAACACAAAGGAGAAAAUGAAGUUAAGUGAGUUAAAGAUUUGUAGGCAAGUCUCAAAAAAAAUUGCACAAGUUUUGUUUCAAGUAGUAAUAUUGAAUCGCAGUUAAGUAUGAAAAUCACUGUGUGAUUUGAAUCGGUUGAAUUGGCUUCAGGUCCUGCCGACAUUUUGCUCCUAAUAAAUUCAUUAUAGGUUUUUAAGUUUUGCUCGAGGUUCAUGAUUUAAUUAGGGCAACUGCCAGAAUCCUGACACACUGCAAGAUUCUGAUUUAUGGUGCUAUAUAUCAUAAUAGCAAAGGCGUAAGUGCUAGAAGAAGGAAUGGGAGCAACUGGGAGCUUUCUUUUAAAUUCUGCAUGUUAGUGCUUUCUCUAUUUCUUGAGCCAGAACAUAAUUAGGAUAGUUAAUUAUAUAUAUUUCAUCUGCAUUUUAUACAUUACCGAUUAUAGUAACUAGAUUAUGUGAAUUAUAGGACUGAUCUAUGUCUAGUCACAAGAGCUGGAAAGGUUUAAAGACACCCACCCACCCACCCACACACACACACACACAAAAAAAAAAAUGCCAGUCCUCUUGUAGAAUACUCAUCACAUGCUAUUUAAUUGAAAGAACUAUUUCUAUUCUAUAAUAAAAUUAAUUGUAUUGUUCUGAAUUAAUGUACUGAUUAAUUUGAGCCACUACUUUGUUCAAGCAAUCUCUACAAUAUAUACUGUAUAAUAUAGCUGUAUUUUGUGCUUAUAUUUUCAUAAUAUAUGAUUUGUAAAUUGAAACCAGUUGUUACAAAGUUCUAAAUCAAGGCUGCUUUAAUUUAUACUGUGAUCUAUUACUUCAGAUGUAUAUAUUGAAUACUCACUUGUAAAUAUAAGUUCCAGUCUCAAAAUAUUUUGAAACUAUAAAUAUAACAGACUGAUUCUUAA